UCCAUGCAUACCCAGACAUUUUAAUUGGUUGUCAUUCCAUAUUUUAAACAUUUUCAUCUACAAAAACCCUACAGCAAACAUCUUGAAGAGUGAGGUAGUAAAUGAUUCAUCUGCCCCAAUAAUGGUUUCCUUCUCUGGAUGUGGACCAAAUAUUGUCACACCAGAUAUUCUCAAGCCAGAUAUAAGUGCCCCAGGGGUAGAAAUCUUAAUCUCGGCCGCAUUUUCACCUUUAGGUUCACCAUCAAGUAUUGCUACUGAUGAAAGGAAAGUGAAGUUCAAUAUAUUAUAUGGGACCUCCAUGGCUUGCCCUCAUGCUACCGGUGUUGCCACUUAUUUUAAAACUUUUCAUCCCAAUUGGUCACCUUCUGGUAUCAAAUCUACAGUCAUAACCAUAGCACGGCCGAUGAAUGCCACCAGGAACCCUGAUGCUGAGUUCUCUUAUGGUGCUGGAAAUAUUGAUCCACUGAAAGCUAUAAAUCCCGGUUUGGUAUACCAAACCCUAAAAGAAGACUACAUCAAACUCCUAUGCAGUAUAAGCUGGGAUUCAAAGAAGGUUAAAAUGAUAUCAGGAGAUAACAGCAGUUGUCCGGAAGGCAAUAAAGGAACUGCAUUGGAUCUCAAUUAUCCAUCAAUGACAGCUUAUCUUAAACAACAAGAUAAGCCUUUUGUAAUUAAUUUUACAAGGACAGUUAAGAAUGUUGGUUCAGAAAAUUCCACAUAAAAGGCAUUAGUUACUUCCAAUUCUAAGAUUACAAUCAGUGUUGAGCCUAAUGUUCUAUCUUUCAAAACAUUGGGUGAGGAUAAAUCAUUUGUUGUGACUGUUUUGGGAAGUAAAUUGGACCCAAUGACGUCUAUGGCAUCUGCAUCACUGGAGUGGUCCGAUGGCACACAUACUAUGAGAAGU